AUGGAUGUAGUUCCCACAGGAAAGGCACAAAUGGCAUCUGGAUCGGCGCUUGACCGCAUCUACUGCCAGCCGUGCGCGGGGGGCGGCAAAAAAAUCAACUCUGAGGCCUUCUGUCCUGUCUGCAAGGAGUUCCUUUGUUUCACCUGUGCCCGAGUACACCGGAACCAGAAAAUGACCAAAAGCCACCGUCUCCAAGACAAGGACAGUUUGCCUACCUCAUUCCGCGAUGACAGUGAAUAUGAAAGUUAUACAGAAAUAUGUCAGCGUCAUGCUAAAGAGAUCAUAAAAUAUUACUGUCUUAAUCAUGAGACACUUCUGUGUAGCGACUGUGUAGUUGAGGAUGAGAAACAUCGCUCUUGUAAGAUGGACAAACUUCCGCAAGUGGUAAAACGAUUCAAGCAGGGUGUAGAAUACAACAGCCUGAAAACAGGCCUUGUCCAGACGGCCAGUGACAUUGACAAACUUUCUCACGAAAUACAUGCGAUUCUGAAAUUAGUUGACGAAGAAAGCCAAACCAAUAUCAAUGAGCUUCGCAAAUUAAGGAAUGAAAUUAACCAGUACCUGGAUAAAAAGGAAAACGAACUCUUGGCAGAAAUUGAUCAGAAGAAACGAAUAUCCAAUACAUUGAUAAAUGGGCUGAAAUCAAAAUGCACUAACAUGAAAUCAUCCAUUGAGAAACUAAAGUCGGAGCUACAAGCACAGCAUGACAACGGAAACCAGCUAUUAAUAGUAGGAAAGCGAGCUAUAAAGGAGCUAGCAGGUAUUCAGGCAGCACUGGAUGUGAGCAGGAGGAGUGAAGUUCCCCGAUACAAGUUUCACAGGAACUCUGCAAUUGAGCAGUCAAUAGCUUCUGAAAGAGAAUUAGGACAGUUGGAAGAGGGCGAAUCAAUGUCGGCGUUAGGGCAGCAACAACGACAAAAGCAGGCGAAAGAGGAACAACGGCAACAGAAGACAGUGCAACAAUACAACAAACACAUGGAAGCUUUAUCACAAAAAGGCGAAUCAACUUCGGCGUCAGGGCAGGAACCACGACAACUCGAGGCGACACAGCAACAACAGGAACACAUGCAAGGUGUAUCACCAAAAGCCCACAUCAUGAGCCAAGCAUCCUUUAGCCGGGCCAAGUUCAGCAGGCAGCCUGAAAUUUCAGUGAAGACAUCAUUUGACACCCGUGACUCCUUCCUGACCAGUAUGACCCUCCUGACCGGGGACAGACUCCUACUGGUAGAUCGCGUUAAUGACUCAUUGAAGCUGGUGAACACCCCUACCAACAAGGUGUUGUCUCAGGUGAAAUUGCCAGGUGGGCCGUGGGACCUGUGUCUACUGCCCGGGGACAGGGGAGCCGUAACUCUGCUUUUGGAGGGAAAGAUUCAGUUCGUAUCUACUCAGGGAAAUGUCACUCUGCAGGAUGUUGUUAAAGUAGAUGGACAAUGUCGUGGAAUAGAUUUUUGUGAUGACAACUUGAUAGUGUCCUUCUCCUCCCCAGGUAAGGUUGUGUUGAUGGACAUGAAGGGAAAGGUGAAAAAGAUUAUGGACAAAGACAACAGUGGAACACCUUUGUUUCAGCAACCUUACUAUCUGACAGUGACCAGAGGGAGCCAGACUACUCCGGUCAUAUAUGUCUCGGACUGUGGCACCAACACCAUAACCAAGCUGAGCAUAUCACUAGAUGUGCUCCAGUCCUUCCAAGACCCGACACUGAUAUCACCAUAUGGUCAGGCAGGUAUGGGGGACACCCAGCUGCUCGUGUGUGGGGGUCGCAGUAACAACAUCCAGUUACUGGACACGCUCACCGGGGAUAUAACCCAACUGAUAGGGAAGGAGGCGGGGAUAGAGGGUCCAUACAAUGUGGCUUACUGUUCACUGAGGAAGAUGGUGUUUGUAACCUGCAGUCAGUAUGGCAGACCUGAUUUGAAGAAUUUCGUGAAAGUAUUCAACUUAGUAUAG